UCUGCUCCCCUGGAAGCCCGUACCUGGCCACAAUGAACUCUCCGGGGGUCCUGGGGAGCCUACUCAUCUUCCUGCUGGGCUUGGGCUGCUGUGGGGCCCCGGACCCCCCAGUGAAGCUGUGUGGGCGGGAGUUCAUCCGUGCUCUGAUUGCAUCCUGUGGAGGCUCGUCGUGGAAGCUUGACACCCCCAGAGUGGAACAGCAGCAGCAGCUGGAGCAGCUCGACGUGGAUGACCGUAAGUCCCUCUCCUCCUCUCUGACCCCUCCCCCAGGAGCUCUCCUCCACUGGAUCAACAGCGAGCAGCAGCCUGAUAGACUCUUGGAAGCAACAGACCAGUCCCUCACCGAAGAUGGCCCCACUGCAGCUCCCGGGAUGGAGCAAGGCCAGGUCGUGGACCCCCUCCUGCUAUCCCUGCUGGAACAGGGGCUGACGCGGCGCCUGAAACGGGACAUGGGGCCCGCCAGCUCCUGCUGUGCCAAGGGCUGUAGGAAGAGCCAGCUGAAACGCUUCUGCUGACCAGACCCCCUCCGCCUUGCCCUCGAACCCCUAUACCAUCCCUGGACCCACCCAGCAAUAGCCAAGAGAUCACCGCCUCCCCAUCCCACAUGGGGAUCACAGACCUUAAUUCCCUUUUUACAGAUGAGGUAACUGAG